GUGCCAUAAAAAUCACACAGCUUCCCACGUUUCUCUCGGAAAGGCCAAAACCAGUAACGGUAGAAGAACGUUGAAGCUAAUCAAGCAGAUUUUCUCUCAAACCAACGCACUUUAAUUUCCUUAAACCCAACAAGGUAUUUUCUUUCUUUCCAUGUCCUUGCCUAGAAAAGAACUGUUUGGUUGCUAAGAAACUGUGGGAAAAUGAUGAAAUGAAAGGAAAAAGAAACAAAGCUUGGCAUACAAGGUUAAGGCUGUCGAGAUUUUGUCCAGGAAUCACUGGAGUGGUGUCACAAAUGGGGAUGGACCUUUUAUCUGUAUGUCAAGUCGAACCGAGGAGAGUGAUGUGGAUUGUGGGAAUGAUAUUUGCUUUGGUUUUAGUUGUCCAGCGUCUUGAACAUCCGUACGGUAAUCUUUUAUCAUCUAUACUCUCUGCUGCAAAGGUUCCCUUAACUUCACUGUCUACUUCUCAGAUGGUCGGUAAUGUGUCACUUUUGAAUGAUCUGAGCUUUGUAGAAAAGAAAAACACUACAGAUAAUGCAUUUUUAGAUAGCAAGACUAGGAAUGAAAGGGAUACUACAGAUGAAGUAGUGAUCAAUUCAACUGCUGGUUUUCUAACUGCGUCACCUGUGUCCCCAAUGGUAAAUUCAUCGCCUAAAGUUGGAGCUCCCACUAUAGUUGUUGACUCAAAUGUGACUUUGGUCGAGAAAGAUGGAACAGCGUCUUCCGAGAAAACCAAAACUUCUGAGCAAUUGCACAAUGACCUCAAGCAAACACAACAUAAUUCUUCAUUGAUCAGAGCCCCUGAAGUGAACAAAGAGCCAGAGGUCCCGGUCUUGGAUGUCUAUUCGAUGUCUGAUAUGAAGAAUCUGUUACUUCAGAGUCGUUCAUCGGAUCAUUCAGUGAUACCAAAAUGGUCUUCGACUGUUGACCAAGAGCUGCAAUAUGCAGCCUCCCAGAUUGAAAAUGUACCCAUUAUUAAGAAUGAUCCAACUCUGUAUGCUCCACUUUAUCGGAAUCUUUCCAUGUUUAAAAGGAGCUAUGAAUUAAUGGAGGACACUCUUAAGGUAUACGUUUACCGUGAAGGAGAAAGACCUAUAUUACACAAGCCAGUAUUAACCGGGAUAUAUGCCUCCGAGGGAUGGUUCAUGAAGCAGAUGGAGGCUGACAAAAAAUUUGUUACUAAAGACCCUCGGAAAGCCCACCUGUACUACUUGCCUUUUAGCUCUCUAAUGUUAGAGGAAACUUUAUAUGUUCGCGAUUCACACAGUUAUACGAAUCUUGUGCAAUACUUGAAGAACUACGUGGAAACAAUUGCGGUUAAAUAUCCUUUCUGGAAUCGAACUGGAGGAGCUGAUCAUUUUCUUGUUGCUUGCCAUGAUUGGGCCCCAACAGAAACAAAGAAAUACAUGGCUAGGUGUAUCAGAGCCCUCUGCAACGCUGAUGUCAAACAAGGUUUUGUAUUUGGCAAAGAUGUGUCUCUUCCUGAAACCUACGUCCACACAGCAAAGAAUCCCCUCAGAAAUAUUGGAGGCAAUCGUCCUUCCAAGAGGCCAAUACUUGCUUUCUUUGCCGGGCAGCUCCAUGGUUACGUUAGGCCAAUUCUGUUGCAGCAUUGGGAAAACAAAGACCCCGACAUGAAGAUCUUUGGCCGGUUGCCUAAGGGGAAGGGUAAUAAGAACUACGCGCAUCAUAUGCAGAGCAGCAAGUACUGCAUUUGCGCAAAAGGUUACGAAGUGAACAGUCCGCGAGUGGUUGAAGCCAUUUUCUAUGAGUGUGUUCCGGUGAUUAUAUCAGAUAACUUUGUGCCUCCGUUUUUCGAAGUUCUGAAUUGGGACUCGUUUGCCGUAUUUGUUUUGGAGAAAGAUAUUCCGAAUUUGAAGAACAUACUCGUUUCGAUCCCGGAGAACAGAUAUCUUCAGAUGCAAAUGAGGGUGAGAAAGGUGCAACAACAUUUUCUGUGGCAUGCUAAGCCUGAGAAGUAUGAUACUUUUCAUAUGAUACUGCACUCUAUUUGGCACAAUAGACUCCAUCAAAUAAAACCCAGAUGACAUAUAAACAUUCAACUUGUAAAAUAUUCUUUACAUUUUCUUACUUGAGCCUAAAGGAAGGGAUUUGAUACACUUUCUUUGAACCAAUUGGGCCCAGAGGAAGCCCAAAGUCCAAGGCCCAUUUGUUUGUCCAUACGAAGGAACCUCCGUCGCAUUGCAAUUGCUGGAAUAUUACUUGCUGGGAAUCA